CACUAUCAAGACUUGAUACUUAAAUCUCUCAUGGACUCUUUCAAAAGAUGUGAGGUUUCCCAUGGGUGUAAUUGGGUCUCAAAUAAUCUCUCUGAAGAGAUACUGGGAUUGCUAUUUCUAAACCAUGAUUUGUCUAUCCCAUGACUGUUUAACUUUUGUUCCAAGUCUUCAUGCUUUUCGUAUUCCUGGUAAAAGUUGCGAUUCCUUGAUAAAGUUACGUUCUAGCCGUAGCUUUGUUCCCAGAAACCUAUGUUCACUUAGAGCUUCUGCGAGUCUACCACAAAAGUCAAAAGCAAUACCGUUUCUAGAUCGUCCUCCUGCUUUGGAUGGUUCUAUGGUUGGUGACGUUGGAUUUGAUCCGUUGAAUAUCUCUUCUUAUCUGGACUUGCGUUGGUUACGAGAAUCAGAAAUCAAACACUGUCGUAUUGCUAUGUUGGCAGUAGUGGGUUGGUUCGUACAAGAAGUAUAUCAUUUACCCAAUGAAAUAUACAGCUCUUCAGUCCCUACAGAGGCUUUUUGGAAAACCCUUGUUACUGGACCUAUGGGGCAGAUUGUUCUUUGGACGUCCCUGUUUGAAAUGAUAAGUACUCCUGCUGUGAUACAAAUGCUACAAGGCAGUGGCAGAGAACCUGGUUAUUUUGGCUUUGAUCCACUUGGACUGGGAAAAAAUCCAGAACUUUACAAGCGCUUUCAAUUGUCAGAGCUGAAAAACGGGAGGCUAGCUAUGAUAGCUAUUGGAGGAUUGAUUCAUCAGUCUUUCUUGACUCAUAUGGGUGCUAUUCAACAGUUACAACAACACAAGUUCUUUCCAUAAAACUUCAAGAGGGAUUUGUUUGACAUGUUGAAAAUAAAAUCAAUUCAUUUGAAGUCACGUUUGCUUUUUUUCUUCCAAAAUUGGCGCAAUUGGAUGAUUCCAGAGUAUAUUAUGAACACUCAGAAAAUGUCGUCUC